GCUACUCAACGUAAUUGUAGGCUAAGUGGACCAGAAAUCUCAUCGCAACUAAGGUCGCGAUCGUCGAAAAUCUAUGAAUGUUUGUUGCAAUUCAGAAAAAGAAAGGCAUGUAUACUGUUGCAAACAGGCCAUUUAAACUACUUGCAAAUACUAGGAGAGGCAUUACUCAAAAAGUAGAUCCCCUUGAGAACAAUAACAACAAUCGGGAUUCUGCAAAAUAUGGAACACACGUUAACAUGAGCUUACCUAGACCUGUGUUUCAUCAGGUGAAUGGUAGAAAAACACAAGUUCAAAAAGUUCGCCAAGAAAACUUUCCUCCACAGUAUGAAGAGUUAAUUAAAUAUAUUCAAGAUACAUGGACUAGUGUUCACAAAGAGUAUGAAUCAUCAAAUGAAUCUUCUGACAGUAAAGUGCCUAAAGUUGUGUAUUAUAAAGACAAUAGUGAAGAUUCACACCUGAAACAAUUCAAGAGAUUUGAUCUGGAGUCAUUUUGGGGCGAGCGAUUUCUUCAGAAUAUACAACAGUCUACAUAAUUAAAAUUCUUAGUAGUUUGAUUAUAAAAGACGGAAUUAGUGAGAUAGUUCAAAUUUGUUGUGAAUUAGAAGGUAAUAAAGGAGUGCUAAGAAGUUAAUUGUGCAUUCCACAGAUCAUGACUCAAUGAUCACAAACCAUUGGAAAAGCAUAGUAUAUUUUUUUCAUAUUUUAUUUUAGUUGAACAAGGUUUGCAUCCAUUUCACAUCAGUAUCUAUUUACAUUUCAUGCGGACAGACUGAUUUAAAGUUACAUUUCAUCUAUAAUGAUGACUCAUUUUGCAGAUUUUAUGUUACUUUUCCCCAAUUCAUGAAGAGUAACUACUGUGUGGUUUUUAUAAGAUACAGAGUGCUGUAAUGACAGCAAUACCUUACAUCAGAACUCUAAACAAAUGAAAUUUGCGUAAAAGAAUAACUGUUUUCUGGCAAUUAUAGACAGUAAAUUUGUUUUGCAUUUAAUAGUGUGUGUUUCAGUAAGAGUCUCAGUUUCCUUUGAUGUUAAAGAGCAUCUAAACAACACCGAAGAAAUAUGUUGUUGCGUUAUUUUUUGUUGUAGAAUAAUGAGUAACUGUUAUUUAAGGUAAAAAUAAAGUACUAAAUUUGAAUUUGCU